AUGGCUAACGACUGGAUCCAUUGUAAUGCCUGUUAUCGUCAGCCAGCUCAAGGGAUCGUCUUUUUCUUCUCGAGUUGUGGACACAUCAUCUGCCAGAAGUGCGCAUCGGCAGCAGACAGGACUAAAUUGGAGAGCAGUUGUCCAGUGUGCUGUAGAAAGUGUGCGUUUGUUGAGAUUAACAGAAGUCUUCGUCCCGAGUUGCAGAUGUUCUUUCGUAAUCCAAAGGAACUUGCCACACAAUAUAUGAAGAGUCUUUCUCAAGUUCUUGAAUUUCAAGGAAGUAAUAGGAGCCGUUUUAUCAAACACAUUGCAGAGAAGGAAAAGAAGGCAACAAAGUUUGCCCACUUAGCCCGUGACGAGAUUAAGAGACGCAUCGAGUUAGAGAGGCAUCGUAUUUAUCACGUUAAACAUGUCAUUCUUUCAAUUGAGUUUGCCUUACCAAAUUUCAGUAAGGCUGUUGAGGAACAUGCCCGCCUGAAAUGUGAACUGGACAUGGAACGCAUGCGUUGCCGUGAUCUUGAAGCGAAGUUGACAGAAAAUGAAAAAAAGAUUGAAGAACUGCGAAAAGGCUUUUGUACCCUGCAACCACCGGUUGCACGCUCAGAUUCUGUAAUUGAUGCAGAAAUGGAGACCGAUAGUGGUUUAUCGUUUAUGAACGUUGCAACGAGCACUCCUAUCCGUUCUUAUAGUCCUAACAAUCGUUUUACGUCCACUGGCCACCGUAAUCGUAAUCACAUAUCCGAGAUGUUCCUCGCCAGCUCGGAUGAUGUUCCAUCACCCAUCACCUUCUCAUCUGACCAACCAAUGACGACUCCUGCUAUGCUAGGAAUAAAACGUUCAACGUACAGGGGAAGUAAUUCGAGCAGUCGCUCUCAUGGAAGCAACAAAAAGUAUAAUUUCCAAGCCGCCAGCGUGGCAGUAAGGAAGGGUUUUUAA